AUGGUUGUCACUGAUAGUGACCCUCAAGACAUUCAUGAUACCAAGCAAUACCUCCACGAGUACUUCGAAAUGAAAGAUCUUGGCUCAUUGCGAUUCUUUCUUGACAUCGAAGUCAACUAUCAGUAUGCUAGUCUCUUUAUUUCUCAAAUUAAGUAUGCAUCCGACUUACUUAUUCGAGCCGGCGUUAUCGACAAUAAGACUGCCGACAUUCCUCUUGAGCUAAAUUUGAAGCUUCGACCUAUCGAUGGCAAAAUUCUUACUGAUUCCUCCCGGUAUCGACAGCUCGUCGACAGUUUCAACUCCCUAACUAUCAUUUGGUCAGAUAUUUCUCAUGCAGUUCAUGUUAUCAGUCAGUUCAUAGCUGAGUCUCGUUCUGUUCAUUAUGCUUCUAUACUUCAAAUCCUGAGGUAUAUUAAGGGCACGCUCUAUUGUGGGCUUCUCUUUUUCUCUUUUGAUCUCACUCUUUGUGCCUAUUCUAAUGCUGACUGGACUGGAGAUGUUACUCAUCAUCGCUCUACGAUUGGCUAUUGCAUCUUUUUCAGACAUUCUCCAAUUGCCUGA